AGCUAGCUGCCAAAGCAUUUCUGUCUCCACGAAACGCUCGCAAUGCUAGCAAUGUGCUGUGUGUGAAGGUGUAGUAGGAAGGUGAGGUUGUUGCCGCCGCCUUCCAUCAACGCGCGGCUGAAUCUCGCCGACAUCAAUGCCGCGUUGGGCUUCGUACCGCGAGAGCGUGACGGGGCUAAUGCUUCGGUCGCAUUGUCUGUAAAGCUAGGUACAAUUGAUGCAAUGACAGCCACUGUCAAGACCCGACUUCUCAUCAUCUCGGACACCCAUUGUGCAGCACUUCGCGCAGACGAUGGUUCCGAGAAGCAUCCGCGACCGCCCUUCGAGGCCCCAUUACCAUCCGCGGACGUACUCAUCCACUGUGGCGAUAUGACUAUGACUGGAGAGAUGGAUGAGUACCAUCAGACUCUAGACAUGAUUCGGGAGAUAGACGCGCCUGUGAAGCUGGUGAUCGCGGGCAACCACGACCUUUCUCUGGACCGUGACUAUAUCUUCAACCAUCUUGCCAAAGAGGGAUUGAUCGAAGAGCAUGCUGCCUUCAAAGUCAAGCAGGCACGCGACCUGUGGACUGCAUCUAAUGGACGAGCAAAGACGGAAGGCAUCACCUUCCUCGACGAAGGUGUCCACAAUAUAGACCUUCCCAAUGGAGCUCAUCUGGUAGCAUUUGCCAGCCCUUAUACACCAGAGUUCUGGGACUGGGCGUUCCCAACCGAGCGUGACGAAGAUCGCUGGAACACUCCCCUUGCGUCGCUAUCGGAUGCGAAGAAUAUCGCCCCAUAUCCAGUACCUGGGGCUGCAGCGGCGCAGUCGCCAAUAGAUGUUCUAAUCACUCACGGUCCUUCGUGGGACAUGCUAGAUCGUACUGUUAGUGGCGACCUCGCAGGAUGUCCGCAUCUACUGCGGGCCGUCAUGCGAGCCAGGCCACUCGUGCAUUGCUUUGGCCACAUCCACGAAGGCUGGGGCGCGAAGGUGGUGAGCUGGGCGGAAGAUGCUGAUGAGGUGAUUAGCAAGGACUGUCUGACUGAAGAGUGGAAGCAUGUGAGGGUGGACCCUAACCAAGUGAGAGAGCAACGUGCUGCUUACCUCGAUGGUACGAAACUGCGGAAAGGCCGCCAGACUGCGCUUAUCAAUGCUGCCAUAAUGGACGUCACUUAUCAGCCUGUCAAUGCGCCAUGGCUGGUUGAUAUCGAGCUUCCACGGACAGAGUCAGGUUGA